CAACGCGAGAUUACGAUGAGCCCUGACGAGACGAGAGGGGCCUGGAUGAAGUGAUAUUUCUGUUGUGAUUGACACACUGGAUGUUGCGGUAAUCUGUCAGCCGAUGCUUAUUCCGUGAAACCAUUUGUUGAACAUCGACCACGAAUGCUCGGCUAUGUGUUGUUGGCGGUGUGACGUGAGGAGGCUACAAGGAGGCAAGCCCAUGACACCAUGAGUCCUCCAGCCCUGCCCGCGGUCUUCUGCUGUUGUCACAGGAAAAUCUGGUUGCAUUCAGCAGCCGGAGGCAAACACAUCUCUAGUUUCCACCCAGUUAUUAUCUGCCCCCGGAAUGAUCCUAUGGAAGGACAAGCAUAAUGAAUAGAUACACUACCAUCAGACAGCUUGGGGAUGGCACCUACGGCUCAGUCAUCCUCGGCCGCAGUCUGGAGUCAGGAGAGCUCGUUGCCAUAAAGAAAAUGAAAAGAAAAUUCUACUCCUGGGAAGAAUGCAUGAACCUCCGGGAAGUCAAGUCCUUAAAGAAACUUAACCAUGCCAAUGUGAUCAAACUGAAGGAGGUAAUCCGAGAAAAUGAUCACUUGUACUUUAUAUUUGAGUACAUGAAGGAAAACUUGUAUCAGCUAAUGAAAGACAGGACUCGGUUGUUUCCUGAAUCUGCUGUAAGAAAUAUAAUGUUUCAGAUACUACAGGGGCUCGCAUUCAUUCACAAACAUGGUUUUUUUCACAGGGACAUGAAACCUGAGAAUCUUCUGUGCAUGGGCCCAGAGCUGGUGAAAAUAGCCGACUUUGGGCUUGCCAGAGAAAUCAGAUCUCGACCACCAUACACAGACUAUGUCUCCACUAGAUGGUACAGAGCCCCAGAGGUGCUCCUCAGAUCCACAUCCUACAGUUCACCCAUAGACCAGUGGGCAGUCGGCUGCAUCAUGGCAGAGCUCUACACCCUCAGGCCUCUUUUCCCAGGCUCCAGUGAAGUGGACACCAUAUUCAAGAUUUGUCAAGUCUUGGGUACACCAAAGAAGAAUGAUUGGCCGGAGGGCUACCAGCUGGCAAAUGCUAUGAAUUUCCGUUGGCCUCAGUGUGUUCCCAGUAAUCUGAAGACACUGAUCCCAAAUGCCAGUCCUGAAGCCAUCCAUCUGAUGACAGACCUGCUCCAGUGGGAACCCAAGAAGAGACCAGCUUCUGCCCAGGCUCUCAGGUACUCCUACUUCCAUGUGGGCCAGGCUUUGGGCACUCCUCAGCAGAUCCUGGAGCAGGGCAGACCUCAGCCAGGCCUUGUGCCACUGCAGGCUCCUCUGCAGUCACAACAUCUGCAGCAGCAACCCCUGCUGCUAAAGCCCGUGCCCCCCUCCCAGCCUCCACCUCCAAACCAACACUGCUCCCCCUCCAGGCCUCUCCAGCAGAUCCAGCCCUCCCCAGUAUCUGCAGCUGCCCAGGCGGCAGCGUACCAACGGCAUGCAGAGCUGGUGCGAGAGCAGCAGCCGAAGCACAUCCUGAAGCAGGAACAGAGAGACGGAACGCCGCAGAGCCAUCUCCCUUACAUUGUUGACAAAAGUCUCCAGGGCAAGCAAUCGAGACAGGAGUCGGAAAAUUCAAAUCUCUUGAGCUAUCAGUUGAAACCUAAAGGAGGGCGGCGGCGUUGGGGCCACGGGACAGGACACCUUAAGGGUGAAGACUGGGACGACUAUGAAGAAACUGAUCUGACAACCAUAAGUAUUCUGGGGAAAAGUAACUUCUCCACAGAGAAGUCGAGGCAGGGGGACGAUGCACUGAGCAGAUACGGAAAUGUCCUGGAUUACAGUCGACCCAAAGGAAAGGAAGAUGCACCUUUAAACCUGAACAAGACGACAGCCUACCAAGAGCCAUCAAGAACCGCAUCUGCUAAACAGCAUUACUUGAGACAGUCAAGAUAUUUACCUGGUAUUAGUACAAAGAAGAAUGUGGCCAUUAAUGCCAGUAAAGACUAUACUGGAAGCCAUCUUUGGGGCAACAGUAGUAUUCCAUUUGGAGGGACUCUGCCGAGCAGAGGCGCUCAUGGCACAAAUACAAUCCCAGGUGGAUACAUGCCAUCAUUUUACAAGAAAGACCUCGGUUCUGCCGGUCACAGAGGACAUCAGGGCACUUCACUGGAAUCAACAGCAACAAAUUAUGCAACAUGGCAGUCAGGCCGGAGUCCGAUGAACACCUCUGCCAACUUGUCACUGACUAAUAAGAGCACCGCUGGGCUGCUGCCUCGGCCACCAGUACAGACCAUCCAUGGGCGAACAGACUGGUCUGCCAAAUACGGACACCGCUAGUGCCCUCGCCGGAGCUCCGAUCUUUGGCCUGGACGAGAGAUCUGCGCUCCUAAGAACUCUUUCACCUCCAAAGAGUAGGCCUAGUUGUUUUAUAAUCCAAAUCUGUACAUACAUCUUACACAGCAAUAAUUUGUUUUUUCAUUAUGUGUACUAUGGAUGUUGUGAGUUGUAAGAUAAGUGUUUGUGUAAAGCUAAAUGCAGCCGGCCAAAAUUUGAGCCCAGACUUGCUCCUCAGUGUUUUAUUUUGUAUUUCUGUAACAUAACUACUGUUCGACAGAGGGUACACCUGCAGCCUCAGUUUGUAUAAGAAUUAUCAUUGAAUGUUGUUCACCGACCUGUAUACAUAAUAUGCAUAUUAUACUGUAUGUUUAUAAACUUCACUGUGACUAUGUUUUGGCUAACUCAUUAGAUUGGCCUCUGUACAGUGCAGUCAUUUUUUUCUACAUUCCUGCUGUUUUUGUUUCAUGAUGGUAGCCUCGCUAUUCAGGUAACUAUUAUUUGUGCAUCGAAAUUCAAGGAAGUGCUUUAAUUGAAUGAAUACAAUGCAAGUGGUUGCCACUCUAUACAAAUAUAUGUUUUAGUUUGAGAAGUAAAAACCUCCUUGGCCAGAUUGAGUGUGAUUCAUGAAUUGCCAGUAUAAUUAAACUUUCCACUGGGUA